AUGGGGUUAUUCAGAAGUUUUCUCUUCCUCUUAGGCCUAUCCCUGCUGCAGGAGUCCAAUGCUUCCCUGGUUCAGCUGAAUAACAAUGGCUAUGAAGGAGUUAUCAUUGCUAUAGACCCUGCUGUGCCAGAAGAUGAAAAAAUAAUUGAACAGAUAAAGGACAUGGUGACUACAGCAUCUACUUACCUCUUUGAAGCCACAGAAAAAAGAUUCUUUUUCAAAAAUGUAUCAAUAUUAAUUCCUGAGAAUUGGAAGGAAAACUCUGAAUACAAGAGGCCAAAACAUGAAAGCUAUGAACACGCUGAUGUUUUAGUUGCACCACCUACCCUCCCAGGUAGAGAUGACCCAUACACCAAGCAGUUCACAGCCUGUGAAGAAAAAGGAGAAUAUAUUCAUUUCACCCCCGACUUUGUACUUGGAAAAAAACAAAAUGAAUAUGGACCAUCAGGUAGAUUGUUUGUCCACGAGUGGGCCCAUCUCCGCUGGGGAGUGUUUGACGAGUACAAUGAAGAUGAGCCUUACUACAGUGCUAAGUCAAAAAAAAUUGAAGCAACAAGGUGUUCCACAGGUAUUACUGGUAUAAAUAGGGUUCAUAAGUGUCAAGGAAACAGCUGUGUAACCAGAGCAUGCAGAACUGAUUCUAAGACAAAACUGUAUGAAAAAGAGUGUCAAUUCUUCCCUGAUAAAGAUCAAACUGAAAAAGCAUCCAUAAUGUUUAUGCAAGGGAUUGAUUCUGUUGUUGAAUUCUGUAAUGAAAAAAACCAUAACCGAGAAGCCCCAAGCCUACAAAACAAAAUGUGCAAUUCCAGAAGCAUAUGGGAGGUCAUUAGCAACUCUGAGGAUUUUAAAAGCACAACAUCUAUGGUGGCACCACCGCCUCCACCUGUCUUCUCAUUGCUGAAGAUCAGUCAAAGAAUUGCAUGUUUAGUUCUUGAUACGUCUGGAAGCAUGGGGGGUUAUAAUCGCCUAAAUCGAAUGAAUCAAGCAGCAAAACAUUUCCUGCUUCAGACCAUUGAAAACGGAUCCUGGGUGGGGAUGGUGCACUUUCAUAGUAAAGCCGAGGUUAAAAGUAAUUUAAUCCAAAUACUAAGCAGCAACGAAAGAAACAAGCUCCUGGAGAGUUUACCUACAGCAGCUUCUGGAGGAACUUCCAUCUGCAGCGGAAUUAGAUCAGCAUUUCAGGUAAUUAGAGAAAUAUCCUCCGAAAUAGAUGGAUCUGAAAUUGUGCUGCUGACCGAUGGGGAGGAUAACACUGCAGGGAGCUGUGUUGAGGAAGUGAAACAAAGUGGGGCCAUCAUUCAUUUCAUUGCUCUGGGACCAUCUGCUGAUGCAGCAGUCACAGAGAUGAGCACCAUAACAGGAGGAAGCCAUUUUUUUGCUUCAGAUGAAGCCCAGAACAAUGGCCUCAUUGACGCUUUCGCAGCCCUUGUGUCAGGAAACGCAGAUCUCUCCCAGCAGUCUCUUCAGCUUGAAAGUACAGGGUUAACACUCAACAAUAACCUCUGGAUGAAUGGCACUGUAAUAAUUGAUAGCACCGUGGGAAAGGACACAUUCUUUCUCGUCACGUGGAACAAACAGUCUCCCAUUAUUUCUCUCUGGGACCCCAGUGGAACACCUGUGGAAAGUUUCACAGUGGAUACAGGUUCCAAAAUGGCCUAUCUCAGUAUUCCAGGAACUGCAAAGGUGGGUGUUUGGACUUACAGUCUUCAAGCCAAAGAAAACUCAGAAAUAUUAACUUUAACAGUAAAUUCUCGGGCAGCAAAUUCUUCUGUGCCUCCAAUCACAGUGAAUGCUAAAGUGAAUAAAGACACAAACAGCUUCCCCAGCCCAAUGAUUGUUUAUGCAGAAAUUCUACAAGGGUUUGUACCCGUUCUUGGAGCCAAUGUGACUGCUUCCAUUGAAUCAACUGGUGGAAAAACAGAAGUUUUGCAACUUUUGGAUAACGGUGCAGGUGCUGAUUCUUUCAAGAAUGAUGGGGUCUACUCCAGAUAUUUUACAGCUUAUUCAGAUAAUGGCAGAUACAGCUUAAAAGUACGGGCUCACGGAGGAACAAAUGCUGCCACCCGGAGCUUAAGGCGUCCACCCAACAGAGCCGCAUAUAUACCAGGCUGGGUAGUGAACGGGGAAAUUGAAGGGAAUCCACCAAGACCUGAAAUUGAUGAGGAUACUCAGACAACCUUGGAGAAUUUCAGCAGAAUAGCCUCUGGAGGUGCAUUUGUGGUUUCAAAUGUUUCAACUCUUCCCUUGCCUGACCUGUACCCACCAAGUCAAAUCACAGACCUUGAGGCCACAUCUGAUGGGGAUGAGAUCAGUCUAACAUGGACAGCACCAGGAGAUGAUUAUGAUGUUGGAAAAGUUCAACAAUAUAUCAUAAGAACAAGUGGAAGUAUCCUGGAUCUAAGAGAUAAUUUUGAUGAUGCUCUGCAAGUAAACACUACUGAUCUGUUACCAAAGGAGGCCAAUUCCCAGGAAACCUUUGCAUUUAAACCAGGAAAUACCUCAGAAGAAAAUGCAACCCACAUAUUCAUUGCCAUUCAAAGUGUGGAUAAAAGCAAUUUGACAUCAAAAGUAUCCAACAUUGCACAAGUAGCUUUGUUUACUCCUCAAGCAGAUCCUAGUCCUGAUGAAACUACUCCUACUAAUCCAAGUCCCACGCCUGAAGAAAAUCAUACUAGUUCUGCAGUUCACAUUUCUUCAUUUGUAUUGCUAGUGGUUGGGUCUGCGGCAAUUGUUAGUAUUAUUUCAAGUACCGCCAUCUUAUCUUGAACAAGAAAAGCAAUUUAAGCAGACCUAGAAUGAGGUUUUUAAGAAUAACAACAAAAGUGAAAGAUACUUCUGAAUUUUUAAAUUCAUCCUGUGUGAUCAUGAACUCAUAAAAAUAAUUUAGAAAUGCUAGAAAUGAUACUUUGAUUAAAUAUAAACAUCCAGGGUGUUUGAAAAAUUGUAAGUCGAUAUUAAAAUUUAAUAAUUUUAUUUACACAUUAUUUUGUUUGUAAUAAAAAGUGAUAAAUAAAGAUCCG